CAGAGUGCAGCAUUACAGGGAGGAGAAGCAAAUUGCCUCUGCCUCUAGACGAGACAAAACACAGACACAUGGUACGGAUCAGGUUAGCUGUAUUCUCUCCAGCUCCGACUCUACAGAUUCACUGUCGUAUUCAACCGAAGCAGAAUCGUUAUCGUAUUGGACUUCGACGGAAUGAGCCACGGUUUCGGGGAUGAAUCCAACGUCUUCCUGUGAGGACCGAGCCUCAUUCUCUGAAUCAGAGAUGGCUAGAGACAUGGCGAUUGACAGAGCCAGGAGUCCCCAUGUUCACCAUAAAACACGCCAGUUGUCCCUGCAUGGCUGUAGGAUGGCUGCUCUUCCUCUGCUGCUAUCCAUUUGGGGUGUGUUGGGAUGUUUGGGCCUUACCCCCCCUGCUGAGCUCCCUGAGCCCCACAACAGCCAACCUUGCUGGGCUACAAUGGCAGCGAUGUCGGGGGCCUGGUGAUGAUCAGUGUGGACUAGCACCGUGUGAGAUCGUGCCCUGGAUCAUGCUGGCCUCAAUGGCCAAACUCGCCUCUCUUUUAUGGCCUGGUGGCACCCCUGACAUGAAAAUUCACCCCUAGAGCCGAUGUUAUCGCCGCACUCUCUGUUUUCCGCUUCUCAUAUAUGACGUACCUGAUCAAAGAGAUGCUUCACUACUCAGGUAUCAUAACCAUGGUGACCUUUGCCGUCAGCAUGAGACCGUAUGAGGAGGCAAACGUGUCGGAGAGCAGCAACACCAGCUAACUCCAGUUCUUCCUGAAGAUGGGAUGCAGUGUGUAUGAAAUACUGAUCUUCAUCUUCCUGGGUGUGCCCACUAUACAGGACCUCCAUGAGUGGAGAUGGGUCUUUGUCUGCCCAGGGUUGGAUUAAUUUGAUUAUGUCCUCUUUUGGUUUAAUUACUUUUGCCGGUUUUUCCUUGUGUUUGGAUAUGUGUUCAUUUUCAGUUCUGUUACCCUGUUUUAUUGUGAAAGUAUGCUCCUUGUAUGUCUGUAACUUAAUUUCAUGCCUUUGUCCUGUUUCCCUCCCCUGUGAUUGUCUGCAUCUUUUCCUCAUGUGUUUCACCUCUAUUCAACUCUGCCUCCCUUAUCCCAAGUCCCUGUGCUUCCCAUUCGUCGAUGAUGGUUUGUCACAGAUUUCCGCUGUCUUGUUUCCAGUGUCGUUUUGUUUUUAGACACAUAAAAGUGUUUAUUAAAGGACACUUUUGUUUUGCUACUGAACUUUGCUUCUGCAUUUUUGGGUCCACCUGCAUACACUAACAAGAAGAAAUGAGCACAGACUGGGAUAAAGAAAAGAAAGGCCGGGGGUUAAUGUAAAGCAAUGACUUCAGUGUGUUCAGCUACAAUAUUUUGGCUCCAUAAAAUUACAAGUUACUACUUGUGGGGUGUGGAGACUGGGUUUAUGAAGGAUCUUUAGCAAUUUCAAGUGUUAAAUAUUUCACAUUCGGGCUUCAUCAUUUUGAAUGUUUGCCAGUGACAAAGCUUUGCUCUGCUUCGUGUUUCACCUCUAGAACAGCUCUGGUUUGAGGGUCAUUUGCAUCUGCAGUCUAAUUUAAUUUCAAAGUGCCUCCCCAAGAGUUGCACCCACCUUAGAAAUACCUUGCAGCCAUAAACGCUGAUACAGGCCGUCCACACUGUAACACACACACACACAAAUCAGUCCUGCCUCUCCUUGUUUUCUUUAUGAAUGCACAACACACCCAGUGGUAAUUUGACAAGGACAGCCUCCUAAAAAUAGCCCCCCCACCAUCCACUCACCCACCCCCACUUUGACCUCCUCAGCUGCUGUGGUCUCUUUUCCCACCACAGCUCGUGCAGGGAGUGGCUUGGAGAUCCACACAGUUUUCUUUAGGACCAGGGCUGGGGCAGAGGGCUGCACAGUGGACAACGGUGAGGGGUCUUGACGAGUCACUGACCUGAGGACUGGAAGCUGAGGAGUGAGGGGCACAGAGGAGGAGAUUUUUAGCCGGAGUCAUGAGGGUGGGAGCCGCAGCCUUGACUGGGGGGAUUUUUGGGGCAGUGGGGACCCUGUGUUUCCUCCUGGCCUUUGGUACAGACUACUGGCUGGUGGCCAGUGACAACUGUGGACCACAUACAUGGCCCACACAAACAACCCAGACAGGGGGGAAAGAUGUCAAUGGGACUGAGGUCCAGUCAGACGUGGAACCAGUCACUGUUCCUCAGAGGCUGCUCACCCUCCACCAUGAGGGCUUCUUCUGGCGCUGUGUGUUUCAGGUGGAGCCUGCAGCACAUGCAGUCGUGGCCACUCUCUUCACGAACCAGCCAGAGUCCAAGUUGUGUAGCCACGGUUACCUGUUCCCUCUACCUGUGGCACUUGGACAGGUGCCUCAUCCCAGUUAUGAUGCCACAGCAGUGUUUCGGGGUUUCUGGACCGUGCUGAUAAUCCUAGGGCUUGUCUCAGCUCUGGCUGGAGGCUUCCUCCUGGUCUGUGGUGUCCCCUUCAUCAGCCCCCGACUCUACAAGCUGGGUGGAGCCUUCCUCAUCGCUGCUGCCUGCUUGUUCCUCUUCAUGCUGCUGCUCUACGUCCUGUGGAUGGAGGUGGUGGAUGUGAAAAGCUACGUCCUGCAGGAGAGGGGAGAGGCCUGUCCAGACGCCGAGGUCUCUGUGCUUUACGGCCUGUCGUUCAUGGUGGCGGUUGCUGGAGUGCCCCUGGAGCUCGUCUCUGGGUUGGUUUUCAUGCUGGUGGGCCGGGCGCUGCGUGCCAGCAAGUGAGCUCACCAUCUGGACCGGAGGAGAAGAGCGGACUGACCUUUUUAUGUCCUGCACUGGGACUCGGUGGCACACAUGUGGGAUGUAAACACCCACUGGAAACACACAGUCAACAUUACUGCAUCACCCCUUUGGAAGUUAAUCCGCCUGCGGUCAGAGACACUGGUUUGGUGUUGCUGUUUUCUGUAACUUGCUUUGCUUUAUUUUUCAUAAAAAUAACCAAUUACAAAAGAGGUCAGCAGUCGGGUUUAUAGAUGUAAACAUGAUGUGAUAUCUUGCAUAUUAACCAGCAUUAUAAAAUAUGCUGAGACUCUUUUAAAUUUUUUUUUAAAGCAAAACUCUGAGAAUAUAAAUAUUUCUUCUGCUCAACUGCAUCCUUCAGUAAUUCUGCCAACUGCUGCUUUUUAUUGAUGCUGCAAAUGAUGAUUCCACAGAGCGGAAGGUAAGGUACGCAUGGGUGAGCCAGCUGUGUCCCCCCCGUCCUGGUUUUGGCACACGAUCAGAGUGGGCUGUUGCCGGAGCAGAGUGAGGUGGGAGGGGAUGAGAGGCUGGAUGGACGUGAGACAGAAAG